CUUUGCCGUUGUCCUUCCAACAGGAUCAGGGUUAUUAGUCAGAAGGAAAUCUCUGGAGCGUGCAGACAUGUUAAAUCUCGCAUCACGACAAUCGAUACAUCAAACGUUGAAUAUUUGCUCGAAAACUCAACUACAAGUGAAACAAGGACUUUGCCCAUUUUCAGAUGGACGAAGUGGACGAGUUGCUGCUGUCAUUGGAAUCACUGUCAUCUGACUGGCAACUGGAGAACCCAACGCCAGUUCCAGAAAGGACGCCGCUCUGUGAUGAGCUCUGCUCCAACUCGGUCAUAGAAGAAGCAUCUAUCUACCUAGACGUUCUCGGAGUCAGGCUCUUCCAGCCAGAAACCAGCCCGCAGCCACAAUUUGCAAUGGAAUACCAGCGGGCUCUCUCACCUGAGGAACCGCAGAGGAAAGAGUUUGAAUGCCCGUAUCCAGGCUGCCCCAAAGAUUACUCAAAGGCGUCUCACCUCAAAGCGCACCUACGUCGUCACACUGGUGAGAAACCGUUCCGCUGCGAGUGGCCUGGCUGUCAAUGGAGGUUCAGCCGAUCCGAUGAACUCGGCAGGCACUCGCGCUCCCACUCGGGCCACCGGCCUUAUUCCUGCUCUGAGUGCCCUAAACGGUUCUCACGUUCGGACCAUUUGGCCAAACACAACAGAGUCCACAUAAGGAAGAAGAUGUUCGACUCGAGGCUUUACUGAUGCUGUUAUAGUUAAGAUUCUUCUUAUAUCGGUUUCAUUUUGUUCUUUUAAUUUAUAGAGAUAAAAAUAAUUAAAAUACAGAAACUGACUCUCUACCAAACUGUAAGUUUAAAUGACUGUUAAGUUUGAAAGUUUAUUCAUUUAUAGAAAUACAGCAGUAUAAGAGAAUAAAGUAAAGAUAAAAUAAAAAUGUAAGAAUUAGUAGUUUAAAAAAGUGAGUAAUUUUGACUAUUUAUUUUGUCAUGGUUUAAUUAAAAAAAAAAAAAUGGGUCUUGAGCUUUUGUACUGUAAACUUCACUUGACUCCUUAUUUUUAAUCUAAUUAAGUGAAACUUUCCAACGUAUGCAUGUACUUGCUGAGGUCAGUUUUACGAUUAGGAUCUGGAAUUGUGCACACAGACACCAAAUUUAAUAUAAAAAUGGUAUAAUAUAUAUUUAUAACUUCUUUUUCAUUCAGGUCUAUUCGGUUAAAUAACAUAAUUAUUACAAAUAAAUUUUAAAGUGCCCAAUGUCUGUUUACCGUUGAAAGUUCCCAGAAGCCACUAAACUCACUAAUACAAACACCCUGUUCCAACACAAUGGAGAAAAAAAAACAUUUUGGCAUUGAGACAUGUAUACAAAAAUAAAAUGUGCAAAAUUUGAAAAAAAAAAUUAAUAUUUUCGACUUGAGAUAAACGUGUGAAAUGUCUGUUUUUAACUUAAUACUGAUUCCAUUUUUAUUUUACCGGGGCAUAUUUUAUUGAAUGGUCUCAUUCCUAUCGUAUACAAAAUUUUACUAACCCACAAUUUAGGAACAAUAACACAUUUUUUAAAUAUUACUUUUUUCCUUUCAAGGCUACAUGUGUCUUUUAAAUUUAAAAUAUAAGUUUUCUUCUUAAUUAAGCGUUUUUUUGUUUUGUUUUUAACAUUAGGAAUUUGUACGUUAUAAGGAUCUCAUUUUUGGAAAUCCUCCCACCCAAAUGCGUAUUGUUUGAUUCAUAGCAAAUUAUUGUUCAAUAACCUUAUUGUUCAAUAAUAAACA